GCCGCUUUUCUAAGAAAGAAACCAUCUCCUUUAUAUAAAUAAUAAUCUCUCCUCACCAUUCAUUUCCGAUAACAAAAACAAUCACAGAGAGAAAAACAAUGGCUUGUAUUCACAUCGAAUCAUCACAUCCAUGGAAGACACACUCUGUCCAAGUGAAGAAACCAACAAAUGCUGAUGUUACAUCGAACACAGUCUUACCAGAACACCACCACGACGGUGGUGACGGAGGAAUCCAAGAAACGUGGGCCGCGAUUGGAAACUCCAUCGUAGGAGGAGGAGGCUAUUUCGCCGGCGAGAGUAGGAAUAAGAAGCUGGAGAAAAGGAAGAGCCAAGUGUUGCUUGAGGGAUACGCUUUGGAUGAUAAAGAUGAUUUGACGAGAGCCAAGAGUUUGACGGAUGAUGAUCUUGAGGAGCUUAAAGGUUGUUUAGAUCUAGGGUUUGGUUUUAGUUACGACGAGAUCCCUGAGCUUUGUAAUACUUUGCCUGCGUUAGAGCUUUGUUACUCCAUGAGCCAGAAGUUCUUAGAUGAUAAGCAACAAAAUCACCACAAGUCCCCGGAUGAAGAUGAUUCGCCUCCACCACCGACCACCACCGCUCCAAUUGCAAAUUGGAAGAUAUCUAGUCCUGGUGAUGAUCCAGAUGAUGUAAAAGCUAGACUCAAAUAUUGGGCACAAACUGUUGCUUGCACCGUACGAUUGUGCAGCUGAACAAGAAUCGAUCUUCUUCGUGUGUUUGUGAUUGAACCAGGAAAAGACCGUCUUUGCAAGAAUGAAGUCUCUGCCAUUGUUAGCUGAGAAUAGACCUGCAAAUGGGUCUGUGGAUAAACUGGUUUGGCUUUUACUUUAGCAUUCUAUGUAUGUUAUGUGUCUUAGUAGUAUUCUUAGACUCUAUGAUUUUAACGACUUGGAAAUAAAUGUGUCAAGUGAAUAAAAAAAACUUCAAAUUCUUUGUCUACAAUUUCUGCUGACUGUUUUGUUUGAGUGCAAUGUGGUUGCUUUAACAUCUAACAUCUGAAUUAGGGUUCUUGUCCUCUCAUACGCAGUGAUGAGAUUUAGAGACACAAAUCAAUCUCCAACUGUUUUUUUUGAAGAUCUCUGCUUUUGGCUGAGGUAACUGAUCUAACUGUAACAGUUUUGAUAACAAUUUUAUCUUCUGUAUGCUUUUAUGAUCUUGUUUUUGUAUCAUUGGUAAUUAGGCUUAUAUGAUAACUUUGCUUCAAUCA